AUGCCAUCAGUAGUAGCGCUCGACCUCUGCCAGCUUUUUGACCGGUCCGUCGCUCGGACACCACACCAGCUGGCAGUCGAUCAUGAGAGCGGCUCGCUCACCUAUACCGAACUCGAUGUGGCCUCAUCGAACCUGGCCCGAAAGCUAAAGCAAGAAGGAGUAGUCCCUGGGGAAGCGGUCCUCUUACUUACUGAGCACGGCACCCGGAAUGUUGUCGCGCUGCUUGCCAUCCUCAAGGCCCACGCCUGCUACGUUCCUCUGGACCGCAGCUCGUGGUCAUCAGAGCGGAUCCAGGCCGUGCUGGACGGGACAGACAGCCGGAUUCUGAUCAACACAACCGUCGAGCCGUUCGAAAGCCCGCGGCACAAAGUCAUCCAUCUGACCAGCGCCGAUGUGACGACUCUAUCGACGGACCGCAGCACCACAAAGGUCAUUCCCGACAUCGCUCCCGAAGACCUCGCUUGUUUGAUCUUUACCAGUGGGAGCACAGGUGUGCCCAAGGGAGUCAUGAUUCCACAUCGUGCCGUAGCCAAUUAUGCUCAGACCAGUCCAUUCAACAUGGAUGUGCAGCCGGGAGACCGGGUACUGCAUAUCCUGUCGGUAUCCUUUGAUGCCUCUACGGGCAUGCUGUUUUCCAUUCUAGGCAACUCGGGCAUCGUGGUCCCCGCCACGAUGGACACCCUCUUCGACAAAGCGCAGUCCUGCUCCAUCCUCGCGUCGACGCCGUCAAUCCUGGCAACACUACCCCUGCCGACGGCCCUGCCAGACAGCUAUCCCUACGUCCAUACUAUUCUGUUGGGUGGAGAGUCGCCACCCGCCCCGCUGUUGUCCAGCUGGCUUCAAUUCGGCGUUCGCAUCCUGAACGCGUACGGUCCUACUGAAACCACCUGUGCCUCGUUGAUGCAGGAAGUAGAGGUCUGUCAGGAGACGGGAAUGAUCAAUCGCAGUAUUAUCGGUCGCCCAAUGCCCAAUGGACCGGUAUACCUGCUACAGCCGGAUACGCUCCUCCCGGUCGAGGAAGAAGGCGAGGAAGGGGAGAUUGCCAUUGCGGGCGUCGGCCUGGCCCACGGCUACUACCGAAAUGCCGCACUAACAGCCGAGAAGUUUAUCGAGUGGCACGGCAAGCGAGUCUAUCGCACCGGCGACCAAGGACGGUGGACACGCCGUAACGACGGCCAGCGCGUGGUGGAAUUCCGCGGCCGCAGUGAUCGCACCGUCAAGAACCGCGGAUUCCUCGUCAAUCUACCCGCCGAUGUCGAGGAACCGCUACGCCAGAUGGGCUUCGGUGUCACCGACGUCUAUGCUUCGCUGAUCAACGGUCUCUUGGUUGCGCUGGUGACCCCGGCAACUGCAGAUCUGGACGGCCUGCAGAGCGAGGCGGACCGUCGGCUGUCUUCUUUCCAUCGGCCGGGACGAUACUUGGCUGUCGAUCAGUUUCCACUGUCAGCCAACGGCAAGAUUGAUACCAAGGCCAUUGAGAACAUGCUGAAAGAGUAUCAGGCGCGUCUCUGCGAGGGCACCGAUGAUGAAGAGACCACAGGGGGCGAGCGUCCUACGGAGCGCGAGCAAGUCAUAGCCGAAUGCAUGUAUACCGCGUUGGGGUUGGAUCUCCCGUCGGCGUCGGCGUCCAAAGAUUUCAAUUUCUUCGCCAUGGGCGGAAACUCCCUUGCUGCUCUUCGAUUCACCUCCCUGUGCCGUGAGCGAGGCAUCCUCCUCACUACCCGGGAUCUGUACCUACAUCCAACAGUCAGAGGCAUUCUCCCGUAUGCUCGUGACCUUGCUCAUUCUGGUCUGCCUUUGCCAGACAAGGAGGAGCAAAUCGACCACCGAUUAUCCCUCAAGGCCGAGGUUGCUGCGGCCCUUCAUCUCUUGGGCGACAUUGACGUCGCUCCGUUGACUCCCCUUCAGCUACAACUGAGCGCUCCUAUUUUCCAAAGCGAUGGGACCAACACGAACCAGCUGCGGCAAUCGUAUCCCCUGGCCUCGGCCGAGCACAUCUGCAAUGCAUGGCGACAGGUCGUCCUCAGUGAACCGGUCUUCCGAACGCAGAUUGCGCUGGAUAUCGGGCCCGGUGUGCAGAUCGUUCACGCUCAGCCACGGUGCCAGCCGCAGGAGAUUACCUUUCACCGCCGGGAAGACUACAAUGCUGCCUUGAGCGAUCCUUCCCGUCUGCCGGUUGGACUGGGAAUGCGUUUGGAAUUUAUGAAAUUUAUGCCGAAUGACGACGAUGACGACGAGGGUGAAGUGACUGUCGUCUGGACGGCCCACCACAGCCUGAUCGAUGGUUACUCCCUGGGACUCAUUCUGGCUCGGGUGCAGCAGGCAAGCCAGGGUGUCGCAUCCUCCCGGGUCUCUUCCUUUGUAGACGCAGCGUGGAAUCUGCUGAGCGUGCAGAAGCAGAGAGACACCGAGGCACGGCGGUUCUGGGAGCAGUAUCUGCAGCCGGUACGGUCACUCACGAAAGCAGAGGCAACCACAACGCCUGUAGCACGGCCGUACCUCGCUCAGGAGGUGCUGUUCAAGCAUGUGGGCGGCGUGGACGAGUUACACCGACUCGCAUCCAGCUGCAGUGUCACCCUAGCGGCCGUCUACUACACGGCGUGGGCCAUGACGAUUGCUCGGACGACCAAGUCCACCCUGGUAACUCUGGGAGUUGUCUUCUCUGGCCGCGAGAUCCUCCCAGACGAUGCGCAGGCCGUCGGCCCAUUGAUGGCCACUCUGCCCCUGGUAUGCCGCAUUGACGGAGAAGCCUCGAUUGAGCGCCAGCUGCAGACCACGUUCGAAGGUUUGGCAACCAUUAGCACCUACGCAUGGUCUGCCCCAGAUCAAAUCGGGUACCGGGUCGACUCUCUGCUGGCGACGCAGUAUGAUUUCCCAACCUACGACCAACCCAUCCCGCCGCAAAAGGAGCAGUUCUUCGAGAACACGACCUUUGCGCUGAGUCUCCUGGUCGAAGCUGAUGCUCGUUUCCGCUUGGUGUACAAUCCUUCCGUGCACGGCGAGCAGACGGUCCAGCAAUAUGCCGACACGUUCCAACAGGCCCUCCAAGCGCUGGUGGGUGAUUCGACGAUGGAGGCAUGGCUCACGGGGCCGACAAAAGCACCGCUUGCCGUCGACCAAGCUUCUGAUAUCCAACAUGUCAAUGUACCGAAUGUGGCGUCGGCGUUCUAUGCCUCGGUCGACCUCCACAAGGAUUUGAUUGCCGUAGACGGACCAGGAGGCACGUUACCCUACCGGGAACUGGAUCAAAAGUCGAACGCGGUGGCCUCGCAUAUUGCCAAACACUUCAGCAGGGCUCAAGUCAUCGCCAUCCACGCCGAUGGAACCCUCAACUGGGUUGUCGGCAUCCUGGGUAUCCUGAAAGCCGGCUGCGCAUACUGCCCACUCGAUCCUGCGUAUCCCAUCGCGAGACGGGUCGCUGUGUACGAACAAAGCGGUGCCAGCGCGCUCCUCAUCCCUAAUGCCUGCUCAUCGUCCGCGGCCCUCCUGCCGAUAACCGAUCUUCGCGUCUUCACGAUUCAAGAAACCGAGACAAGCGACACAAGCAGACAGCCAUCGCUGCUCGCAAACGCAAAUGAGGAUGCCCUCAUCGUCUUCACCUCCGGCACGACCGGCCGCCCCAAGGGGGUCCCCAUCAGUCACAGGGGCCUUCUGGCUUUGCAGUCGAAUCCCGAAGCCACCAUGUUCAGCCGUCCCGGUCGUCGUAUAGCUCAGUUCAUGUCGCCUGCGUUCGACUACUGUGCCAACGAGAUUUUCUCUGCGUUGCUGCAUGGCGGAACCUUGGUGCUUCGGGACCCGUCCGACCCCCUUGCCCAUCUCGCGAAGGUCGAUGUGUCGACAAUUACUCCUUCUGUGCUCAGCGUGCUGAAUCCAGACGACUAUCCUAAUCUCGACAUGGUCUAUGCAACAGGAGAACCCGUCACGCCCGGCUUGCUCGCUCGAUGGGGCGAGGGCCGGGCAUUCUACAAUGCCUAUGGUCCUGCAGAGUGCUCUAUUUGCACGUCAUUUACCCGCCUAGAGCCCGGCCAGCAGGUCACCAUCGGAAACGCCGUUCGCACCGCGCGCAUGUACAUCCUGGACCCGGAUCUCCAGCCCGUGUCGGACGGCCAAACCGGAGAGAUCUUCCUGGCCGGACAACAGGUGAUGCGAGGCUACGUGGGAGACGAUGCCAAGACGGCCUACAGCGUGCUGCCGGAUCCCUGGCAUCCUGGUGAGCGGAUGUAUCGCACCGGCGACUACGGCUACUGGAACGCGGACAGACAGAUUGUCUACAUCGGACGACUGGACCGGCAGGUCAAAAUCCGUGGCUUCCGCGUCGAGCUCGCGGCGGUCGAGCAGAAGAUGUACCAAGAGGAGCCGCGGCUUACCCAAGCGGCGGCUCUCGUUGUCAACGAUACUCUGGUGGCCUUUGUCAUGCCGCUUGACGUGGAUGUCAGCCGUCUGGAGCAGCGACUGCGCGAGUCCCUCCAACCCAGCUGGGUGCCUCAGGUGAUUACCGCGCUGGAGGAGUUCCCUUGGACGGCCAACCGCAAGGUUGACUAUCGCAAGCUGGCGGAGAGAGCCACCCUGACGCGGCCGGAGGACUCCCUGCCGCAGCAGAAGACGCCAGCAGGGAUGACGGCAAAGGAUGCUUCUAUUGCGGACGGAAUCGCAACCCUGUGGAAGAACGUGCUGCGUCUGCAGGCAGGCGGCGGCUCUCGCAAGCUCUGUGAAGAUGAUGACUUCCGUGCUCUGGGCGGCCAUUCCGUUCUCCAGAUGAUGUUGGCGGCUCGCCUCGGCAGCACAUUUGGCAUCUCCGUGUCGAUGCGCGAUGUGAUCGAGCACUCCACGCUGGCCGAGCAGGUCGAGCUGGUGCGCCGCAAACGUCAGGCCUCGACGGCCAAGCCACGGACCAUCUGCGACGCGUUUCCCGACCACUGCCUGUCGCCGUUGGAGCGUCAGACGUGGUUCCAGUACCUGAUCGCUGCUGACGUGCGCACGUUCAACAUUCCCGUCCUCUUGCAUCUCGGCGGGACAUUUGACCGCGACCGUCUCGUGCAGUCAUUCAACGCCGUGUUGGCGUCACGCAAGAUCUUCCGGACCAACUUUGUCGAGACAUCACUCGGACCGUGUCGGAUCUUCCGGGACACGCCGCCCCGAGUCCUUGUGUGCGACGGUGCGCUCGACACGACCAAGGAGAUCGACCGGAGCUUUGACCUGGCUCGGGAUGAGCUGAUCCGCGUCUUCCUGGACCGUCGCACCCUCCUUGUGGUUACCAGCCACGCCGUCGCCGAUCUCAACAGCGUGCAGAAUCUGCUGCAGGACGUCUCCGGCGUGUACGCGGGAAGGACGACCCCAACACCGGACCGAUGGCACUAUCCCCGGGCCCCGGCCUGGUCCCGUCAGGCCACAGAGCAGGAACGGAAGUUCUGGUCGAAGUAUCUCGAGGGGGCUCCCCAGCGUCUGGACAUCCCGCGGUAUCCCGGCCAAAUGGCGUUUGAAGGCCGCUCGCGCGUGUCCGAGUUCAAAGGCGACCUCGUUCGACGCGCCGUCACUCUGGGGCAGGAACAUGGGUUGAGUCAGCACCAGCUGGUGUGUGCCGCCGUCGCGCAGACCCUCCAGUGGCUCGCCGGCUCGAACGACGUCGUUCUCGGCUCUCCGUGGGCCAACCGCGGGCACACCGUGGAGCAAGAGUCGAUGGGUCUGUUCCUCGAUCGCCUGCCUCUUCGCUUCAAAACCCCUGUGAAUGCAGACUGCGCCACCAUCCUGCAGUCUACGCGUGCAGCGAGCCAGGCAGCCGUCUGCAAUUCCAUUCCAUUCGAGCAGGUCCUGAACCUCCUCCACCUGCCGCGGACCAUCCGGCAACACCCGCUGUUCGAAGCCAUGGUCACCUUUCAUCUCAAGGGGGCAGUGGAAGAUUGUCUCGCCAUCGAGGGGCUGGAGGUGAAACGCGAGAUGUGCUUUGCGUCCGGGGCCAAGUUCCUGCUCAUGUUCGAAUGGACCGAGAUCGAGGCGGAUCACUGGACCCUGCGCAUCGAGUAUGACGACCACCAGCUCGACGACGCGACCGUCACCACCAUCGAGGACAGCAUCCGAUGUGUCCUCGAAGGGCUGGCGGAUCGGCUCUCUCGCGCCGCCAUCCACGAGCGCCUGAACGCCAUGCACAAGACGGCCAGGACCAAGGUGGAUUGGAACUUCUACCGCCGGCUGGUGGGCAUUCUGCAGCGUGAGAUGGCGACCUGUCUGGGCGUCUCGCUGGAUGAGUUCCCCUGCUCCGUCUCCUUCUUCGAGGCCGGCGGCGACUCGAUCCAGGCCUGGCGGUUGAGCCGUCAGUUGAAACGGGUUGGGCUGGAGGUGCCCAUCUGCAACAUCUUCGAUCAUCCCACGGCGCAGGAUUUGGCACAGCGUCUUUACCGUCAGGUUCUUUAG